CAUGCGAUUCUCCUGCCUCAGCCUCCCGAGCACCUGGGACUACAGCAGUGGAAGGAGAACUAAUAGACCCUGCAUUAUGCAAACUCCCCAAACAACAACACAGCCUCCCGUGUCCACCCACAAGACUCCUUAGGAAACCGGAGCUCAAGAUAAAAAGCAACAGUCCUCUUCUGUCAGUUCUGAGAAGCUACCAGGCUCAGUGAGAGGCAAGGACUUUUCAUCUUUAGGGCACUCUGACCACGUCCUGCUUGAGAGAGAUUGUUCCCGGCAUCUCAGCGCUAUGGGGAGCAGGUGCUUCCUGGUCCUGCUCUUGGGUCUCACUGUCUUACUGGUUCUGCCAGGAUCAGAAGCCGAUAAUUCUGGAGCUUUCUGUCUUCCAUGCCCUAAAUAUGCCAAGUGCCACAACAGCACCCACUGCACCUGUGAACACGGCUUUUGGGCCUGGUCUGGCAGGACAUACUUUCAUGAGUUCUCUGAGAAGUGUGAAGAUAUUAAUGAAUGUGAGACCAGGAUGGCAAAGUGCAAGUAUGAAACUUAUUGUACAAAUAAAAUUGGAGCUUACAUCUGUAGCUGUUGGCGAAAACAUUCUAGCUUCAACUCGCUGGCUGGUUUUACAGGUUAUAAUCAUUCAGAUUGUUAUGAGGACGAUAGUCAAGGGACACAGGCAAAAGUGGAUAUUUGGGAAAAUCUGAGAAGAAAUGGAAGCAGAAAGGACAUUGCAAGACAGGCUACUCAACUAAUUCAGAGCGUGGAGUUGAAGAUCUGGAAUGACAGUUUUGCUUCUCCAGGAAAGGGUCGAAUUUCUGACUUAGAUGUAGUUUAUGAAACCAAGAGGUGCAAUGAAACAAGGGAGAACGCUUUUCUGGAAGCUGGAAAUAACACCAUGGAUAUCAACUGUGCUGAUGCUUUAAAAAGAACCCCAAGAGAGAGCACUGUAGUUGCCCUCAUCACGUUUCAAUCUCUUGGGGAUAUUCUGAAUGCAUCCUUUUUUAGUAAAAGAAAAGGGAUGCAGGAAGUAAAACUGAACUCUCAUGUUGUGAGUGGCAGCAUCGGUUUGAAGGAGAAAGUGUCCCUGUCUGAACCUGUGUUCCUGACUUUUCACCAUAAUCAGCCUGGUGACGAGAGAACAAAACAUAUCUGUGUCUACUGGGAGGGACUGGAGGGAGGCAGCUGGUCCACUGAGGGCUGCUCUCGUGUGUGCAGCAACGGCUCUUACACCAAAUGCAAGUGCUUCCAUCUGUCCAGCUUUGCCGUCCUUGUGGCUCUUGCCCCCAAGGAGGACCCUGUGCUGACUGUAAUCACCCAGGUGGGGCUGGCCAUCUCUCUGCUGUGCCUCUUCCUGGCCAUCCUCACCUUCCUCCUGUGCCGGCCCAUCCAGAACACCAGCACCUCCCUCCACCUACAGUUCUCCCUCUGCCUCUUCCUGGCCCACCUCCUAUUCCUGACAGGCAUCAACAGAACUGAGCCUGAGGUGCUGUGCUCCAUCAUCGCAGGGCUGCUGCACUUCCUCUACCUGGCUUGCUUCACCUGGAUGCUCCUGGAAGGGCUACACCUCUUCCUCACCGUCAGGAACCUCAGGGUGGCCAACUACACCAGCAUGGGCGGAUUCAAGAAGAGGUUCAUGUACCCUGUAGGCUACGGGAUCCCAGCUGUGAUUAUUGCUGUGUCUGCAAUAGUUGGACCCCAGAAUUAUGGAACAUUUACUCACUGUUGGCUCAAGCCUGAUAAAGGAUUCAUCUGGAGCUUCACGGGGCCAGUGGCAGUCAUUAUCUUGAUAAACCUGGUGUUCUACUUCCGAAUUCUGUGGAUUUUGAGAAGCAAACUUUCCUCCCUCAAUAAAGAAGUUUCCACCAUUCAGGAUACCAGAGUCAUGACAUUUAAAGCCAUUGCUCAGCUAUUUAUCCUGGGCUGUUCUUGGGGCCUUGGUCUUUUUAUGGUUGAAGAAGUAGGGAAGACGAUUGGAUCAAUCUUUGCAUACUCAUUCACCAUCAUCAACACUCUUCAGGGAGCAUUGCUGUUUGUGGUACACUGCCUCCUUAAUCGCCAGGUGCGAAUGGAAUACAAAAAAUGGUUUAGUGGGAUGCGGAAAGGAGCAGAAACUGAAAGCACUGAGAUGUCUCGCUCUACUACCCAAACCAAAACAGAAGAAGUGGGGAAGUCCUCAGAAUUCAUUCAUAAAGGAGACACUCCAUCAUCAUCUGCAGUUUCAAGCAAGCAACCACAGCCACAGGUUCAUCUCGUCUCUGUUGAUUGGCUAAAGAUGAACUGACCUGGCAAAUGCCAUGUUUGUUCACUGUGGCUCAUGAGUCAUGCUGCUGUCUGCAUCCCUUUCCGGGACUUAUUCAGAUUCCUCAAGAGAGACACAGGCUGAAUGGAUUCGUCAGUCAAUAUUCAAUAGACAGAACUAUUUGAAGGUACACUUAUCUUCUUGGCCAUCUCAUAAGUUGUUGUUUGCCAUAUGGACCAGUCCAUGUUCCAAUCAGCUGCGGUUGGGAGGCAAAGUUAAAUAAUACCAUGUCUGACAACAUGAGUGCAAAUAACUUAUUCCAGCACACCUUGGGAAGUGUCUCAGUUGGCCUUGGGUGUAUCACAAACCAUCCUCUCCUCAUUGAAUUUUUUUUCUUUCUUCUUUUUUCUUUUUUGCUUAAAAUAACAACUAUUUCACUUAGUUCACGAUUCUGUGGACCUUUCUUCAGAUCUGGGCUGGCUUGUUGGUUCCAUGCAUACGUGUUUGUGGUCAGUUGGAGGGUAUGCUGGUUGAAUGGAUGAUCUGACAUGGUCUUACCCACACGUGUGGUGAUUGGCAGAUUGGCAACUGAAGUGAUGAAUGAUUGGCUAUCAAGCCUUGGUUUCUUCCACAUGGCUUCUUACACUCCAGCAGGCUAGCAUUUUUUUUUGCAUUCUGUUAGCUGUUGUUUCAUUGGCCAAAGCCAGUCACACGGCCAAGAUAAGAACCAGAGACUACACUUAAAGAUGGAGAAUUCUUCCAUCCCAGGGUGCAAUCUGUCGCGUGCAGAAUUGGGCCAUGAGCACACAGAAUACUCAGAAUUUCAGGGACUUCCUUUGGGAUUAGGCGUUUCCAUUUUACAUUCAGACAAUUUUCUCUUCAGUACAGCUGACAAUGGCAGGCUGAAUCCGUCUUUCGUUUGUCAUUUGAAAGACGAUGCAGCAGACUGAGCACGGUGGCUCACGUCUCUAAUCCCAGCACUUUGGGAGGCUGAAGCGGGCAGAUCA